UUUCUGCCACCUUCGUCACCCCAAGUUCCCAGCUGUGGUCAACUCCAUUUCUGUCUCUCUCAUUUGACGUCCUCAACCUCUGCAAAUCCACACCAAAACUCAAGGCCUUGAAAGGCCUUUUUCCUCUCUCUCUCUCUCUCUCUUUCUCACUUACUAUUAGAAGAUACUCUACUACCCUUUCACAGUCUCUCUGCAAAUCUCUCAUUCUCAACAUUCUUUUAUCCAAACACCAUCGCUCUCUCUCUCUCUCUCUCAAUUUCAAUGACUUUCCGUUUCAAAUAGCUUCUCUCUCUCUCUCUCUCUGAUGGAUUAUAGAAUGGGUUUUUCGGAUUCAAACGAAAUAAGCAACGGCAGUAGCAUAUGCUGCGUAGCCACGGCCGCAGCCACGAACGCCGAAACGCCCUCCUCCUCCGACCACCCUUCGCCAUCACCCGAUAUCUCCGCCCUCCGCCGCCUCUCCCAAAACCUCGAAUCCCUCUUCGACUCCUCCUCAGACCGAUUCGCGGACGCCAAGAUCCUAGUCGGAACAGAACAAGUCGCCGUCCACCGCUGUCUCCUCGCGGCGCGAAGCCCUUUCUUCAAGAACGCCUUCUCCAAUUCCAAAGAGGUGGAGCUGAAGCUGAAGGACCUAGCCAAAGAUCACGAGGUCGGUCUCGAUGCUCUCAUCGCUGUCUUGACUUACUUGUAUAGCGGCAAGGUCAGACCUUUACCCAAAGGUGUUUGCGUUUGCGUCGACGAUGACUGCUCUCACGAGGCUUGUAGGCCCGCCGUUGAUUUCAUGGUCGAGGUUCUCUAUGCUUCUUUCACUUUUCAAGUGUCUGAAUUGGUCGCUCUUUAUCAGAGGCACCUGCUAGACAUUAUUGACAAGGUUUCAAUGGACGACAUUUUGGUGGUUCUAUCUGUUGCAAAUAUGUGCAGUAAAGCAUGUGAAAGAUUGCUGGCAAGGUGUAUUGAGAUUAUUGUCAAAUCUGAUGUUGAUAUCAUUACUCUUGAUAAAGCUCUUCCUCAAGACAUAGUAAAAAAUGUCAUGGAUUCACGUAAGGAACUUGGCUUGGACACACCUGAAAGCAACAAUUUUCCAGAUAAACAUAUAAAGAGAAUACAUAGAGCCCUGGAUUCAGAUGACGUUGAAUUAGUCAGAUUGUUGCUGAGAGAGGCUCAUACUAAUCUAGAUGAUGCAUUUGCUCUCCACUAUGCUGUGGCAUACUGUGAUGCAAAGACAACAACAGAGCUCCUUGAUCUUGCACUUGCUGAUGUUAACAAAAGGAAUCUAAGGGGCUAUACCGUGCUGCAUGUUGCCGCAAUACGGAAGGAACCUAAGAUCAUAGUAUCCCUCCUAACGAAGGGAGCCAGACCAUCAGACCUUACAUUAGAUGGGAGAAAGGCGCUUCAGAUCUCAAAGCGGCUCACUAAGGCUGUGGAUUAUAAUAAGUCCACUGAGGAAGGAAAAGCUUCUCCCAAGGAUCGUUUAUGUAUAGAGAUAUUGGAGCAAGCAGAAAGUAGAGAUCCAUUGCUAGGAGACGCUUCUCAUUCCCUUGCUAUAGCAGGUGAUGAUCUCCGCAUGAAGUUGUUGUACCUCGAAAAUAGAGUUGGACUGGCAAAACUUCUUUUCCCGGUGGAAGCAAAAGUUGUAAUGGAUAUUGCUCAAGUUGAUGGCACUGCUGAGUUUCCAUUAGCCAUCAGGUCUAAGAAUCUGCGUGAUGACCGGAGAACGACUGUAGACUUAAAUGAAGCACCGUUCAAAAUUCAAGAGGAGCAUCUAAUUAGGAUGAAAGCACUCUCCAGAACUGUGGAACUUGGAAAACGCUUCUUCCCUCGUUGCUCGAAAGUCCUUAAUAAGAUAAUGGAUGAUGAUGAUAUAUCACAACUAGCAUACGUAGGGAACGACACACCAGAAGAACGAAAAUUAAAGAGACAAAGAUACAUGGAGCUCCAAGAAGUUCUAAUUAAGGCAUUCAAUGAAGAUAAGCAGGAUUUUGAUAGGUCUGCCAUAUCAUCUUCAUCAUCUUCAUCCAUAGGAGUUAUGAAGCCUAAUAGUAAGCUUACCAUCAAGAAAUAAAUAUUUGUCAAAAUAUAAGAUGUGAUAUGCUUCCUUUUAUUGUUGUAAUCAUAUUCAUAUAGUUCCAUUUCACCUUUUUUUGCCCUUGUAUUAUAAAAGUCUGUACUUAAUUGAUUUUAGGAGGGAGACUGUCUUGUAGUUGUGUUCUAGACUCUGGAGUGGUGGUUUCACAUUUCAGUGCCCGUUUUCUGGGGUUUUAUUUUUUAUUUUGAUACUCCCCCGCACCAUUCUUGGUCUAUAUAGAGAAAAUUAAGAAAA